GAGGCCGUGACGCGCAUGCGCGGCCGAGGGGCGGGGCGAGCGCCGUUCCCGGAAGCGCCGCGCCAUGCUGGCCCUCGCCGGCUUCCGUCAGCGGCUGGCGGCACCGCUACGGAGCCGCAGCGGGGCCAUGCCCCGGAAGGUGCGAGCCGGGCGGCCGAGAGCGGUGCCCAGCUCUUUGUGCCUGGUCCGACGCCCGUUUUUUUCUUUCAGGGAAAAACAUCCGGGAAGGAGCCCGCUGAGCCCGGCGCCGCCGCGGGGCCGGUGGUGGCAGCGGGCGACGGCGGCGUGAGGGUGUCGGUGCGCGCCAAGCCCGGCUCCCGCUGCAGCGCCGUGACAGAUGUGACAGCCGAGGCAGUAGGUGUGGCUAUUGCUGCACCUCCGUCAGAAGGGGAGGCGAACGCAGAGCUGUGCCGCUACCUCUCUAAGGUGCUGGAAGUGAGGAGGAGUGACGUUAUUUUAGAGAAGGGUGGUAAAUCACGUGAUAAAGUGGUGAAGAUUUUGGUAUCGGUGACACCGGAUGAAAUAUUAGAAAAACUGAAAAAAGAAGCUUCCACCUGACCUAAAACAAGAGCGGAAAAUGGAACAAUGUAAUGCAUCGUUGUGAACAGACUGAUGGUUUUUUCUUAUGUAAAUUGGUCCUUCUGGGAAUUUGGAUACUGACUGGGAAAAGAUGCUCCUCUGCCUCCCUCUUCCUUUGUUAAUGUGACUGCUGUAGAGCUGAACUGUUCCUGUAGGUUUGGUUAGAAAAAAAAUGUGUUUACUGAGGCUCUGUGUCUGUUUCUGUCAGUAAGACUUGUCCUCUUCCCUGCUCUAUAAGGGUUUUUGAAUGCAGCAAAAUUUCGUUCACAGAGCAAAAGGCUUGGACUGAUGGGCUUCAGAGGCAUUGGUGCAAUGUGAAUGCAAAACAAUCAGUCAGUCUGGAUGGUAAAGACCUUAGAAGUGUUCUCCUUAAUAUCUGGUGGUAUGUGUUCAGUGCGGUUCCACACUAUGUCAAAUAUGGAAAUCUAAAAUUAAUGUAUUUAAAGCUAAUGUAUAUACUGUGGUUGGUCAUCACACAGGCAAGUUAAAACCAGAAUUACUUGCAUAGCUGAAUCAAAAUCAGAACGUCAUAGUACAAAAAAGGUGACCCAGAACCUAAUAGCUGCAUACAUAGUGGCACUUUGUAGUAGUCUGUAAUUAGUUACCUGAUGAGCAGAGAUAUGAUUGUGGUAGCUCUGCAAAAUGUUUCUCAAGUGUAACGACCUUUUAAUAAAAGGGGCAAAAAAUAUUA